AUGGACAACCCCUACAAUGUCUCAUCCGUUUUACUGCUAAAUCGCUUUGAUCUCCCCCCUGAAACUAUCUUUCCUGCAUUCCUUUUUGCAACUCUGAGCUAUAUGAUCAUUCUUUUCUGCAACCUCAUUCUAAUCCUCACUAUUGUUCUGAACAAAUCUCUGCAUCAACCCAUGUAUCUGAUUCUGCUGAACCUUCCUAUCAAUGACCUGAUAGGCUCCACAGCACUCUUCUCACAGGUCAUCAAAGAAAUACUGACGAGCAGCAGGACAAUGCAAUACUCUGCUUGUGUUGCCCAAGCUUUCUUUAUCCACAUCUAUGCAGGAGGUGCAGUGUUCAUUUUGACUGCUAUGGCAUAUGAUAGAUACAUUGCCAUAUGUUGUCCUUUGAAGUACAACGCUGUCAUGACUCAUGCUCACAUUAUGAAAAUAAUCUCAUGUGUGUGGAUAAGUAGCAUAUUUUUAAUAGCUCUGCUUUUCUUCCUGCUGCUGCGUUUACCCCGCUGUCGAUCUGAACUCACACACCCCUACUGUGAUAAUCCAAGUUUGCUGUCUCUGGUCUGUGCCGACACAACCAUCAACAACAUUACUGGGCUUAUAGGAGUUGCUCUUACACAAGUGAUAUCUAAUGGGAUGAUUUUAUAUACAUAUCUCCAGAUCCUCAUUGCGUGCUUCAGAUCCAGACGAUCAGACACAAAAGCCAAAGCCUUGCAGACGUGCGCUACACAUCUCACUGUUUUCCUCCUGUUGGAGUGUCUGGGUCUUUUCACCAUCAUAUCAUACAGACUGAAGAACAUGUCACCACAUUUAAGGAAAUUCAUGGGGAUGUCCACGUUAAUUUUCCCCCCAACUCUGAAUCCGAUCAUCUAUGGACUUAAAACAAAAGAAAUCCGAGACAAAAUAGUACACUUUGUCAGGAACAAAGUCUUUCCAUCGUAA